CAAACCUGCGCCUGCGCCAUGGAAUUGUAGAAAUAUCAACAAGAUACACGUAGACUAUUCAGAAACCGGACAUACCUAUCUGACUUCAAAUCUAUUAUAGGACUCUGAUAUACCAUAACAUCACAACCAUAAGAAUGGCAGCACAGACUUUUCAACAGGAAUAUAUGCAGAUGCCUCCGGUUACGCGAGCGUACACAACGGCUUGCGUUUUGACGACAGUAGCAAUUCAACUAGAUGUGAUAACACCUUUCCAAAUUUAUUUUAAUCCAGAGCUUAUAUAUAAAAAAUACCAGGUAUGGAGAUUGAUUACAAAUUUUAUGUACUUUGGACCAAUAGGGUUUAAUUUCUUAUUUAAUAUGAUAUUUGCUUACCGCUAUUGCCGCCUAUUGGAGGAAGGAUCAUUUCGUAACCGUACAGCAGAUUUCUUUUAUAUGAUUUUGUUUGGAGCAGCUCUUAUGAUUAUUGUUGGUGUGUUUGUGAAUAUAGUGUUUCUUGGCAGUGCGUUCACUAUCAUGUUGGUGUAUGUGUGGAGUAGAAGGAACCCCUUCAUUCGGAUGAACUUUUUCGGUCUGAUGACGUUCCACGCCCCGUACCUGCCAUGGGUCCUACUUGGCUUUUCUGUCUUGCUGGGAAAUUCUGUGCUUGUUGAUCUUAUGGGUAUUGCUGUAGGACAUGUAUAUUACUUCCUGGAGGAUGUUUUCCCUCAACAGAGAGGAGGAUUUAGAUUAUUAAAAACUCCAGCAUUUUUAAAAUAUAUUUUGGAAGGAGCACCUGAUGACCCUAAUUAUAACCCUCUUCCAGAAGAUCGGCCCGGUGGGUUCAACUGGGGGGAAGGACAGGCUGCUGGAAACAGAGAUCAGCUCAAUCAAGGGUAGCGAUGAUAUCCACACGAGUCAUUAAAUUCGAGUCUCAUGUUUUAUUUCAGAAGCUUCUUGCAGUAACAAACAAAAACAGUUUUUCUAAGGGUAGAUAUUUUACCUGCAUUGUUACAUUACUGCUCCUACAAUUAUUAUGAUUAGAAGGA